AUGAUCGCAGCAAGAUCAACCAGUGCAGUCUUCAUGACUCCAGCUGCGGCAACUCGAACUUCCACUUGCUUCAUCUCUAUCAUUGCCAGACCGAGCUCGUCGUAUUUGACCGGCAGGAGAAAGGCAACACCUUCAGUACCAUGGAAGAGCCCAGUCGCUCUGAGCAGGACCUUCUCCUCAACACCGACACCAAAAGCAGCAGCCGAAUUCACCGGAAUGUCCGAACAAGGUCUCACCGAAUCCCAAAUUGACGUUCGACGUGCAAUCCAAGACGUUUGUGCUCAAUUCGAUGACGAUUAUUGGAUGCAGAAGGAUCAAAAAGCGGAAUAUCCACACGAGCUCUACUCAGCACUCUCUUCCGGUAGUUGGAUCGGCAUAUGCAUGCCCACCUCCUUCGGUGGGGCCUCACUCGGAAUAUCUGAAGCUACAAUCAUGCUUCAAACCAUCGCCGAAUCAGGCGCUGCUAUCGCAGGAGCCCAAUCGAUCCAUGCCAACAUCUACCCACUCAUGCCCAUCAUCGAAUUUGCUUCCCCUAACCAACAAGAGGAUUGGUUACCAAAGAUGAUCGAUGGACGUAUCCGCUCUUGCUUUGGCAUCACAGAACCCACCACCGGUUCGGAGACACUUAAGCUUACGACGAAAGCGGUGAAGAGGGGAGAUAGGUAUGUUGUGAAUGGGAGUAAGAUUUGGACUUCCUCAGCUCAAGUUGCGAGUCACAUGGUGCUUUUAGUGAGGACGUCUGAGCCGGAAGAAGGGAGGAGAAGUUCGGGGUUGAGUCUGUUCUUUGCCCCGCUUAGGGAUGUUCCAAAUACGCCGGAGAAUGAGGGGAAGGCGAAGUUGGCGAAAGGGGUGGAGAUGCGGAGAAUAGCAAAGAUGGGAGGGAAUGCGGUAGAUGCGAACGAGGUUUGGUUUGAUGACUUCGAAAUCCCAUCUUCCUGUCUUAUCGGGGAGGAAGGAAAAGGAUUCAAGUAUGUCCUACACGGAAUGAACGCCGAGAGGUGCUUGCUUGCUGGAGAAGCACUAGGUACGGGCUACGCAGCACUCAAACGCGCAGUGCGAUACGCAGGGGAGAGAAUAGUUUUUGGAAAGCCAAUCGGCGCGAUGCAAGCGAUUCAACACCCCUUAGCGAAAGCUUGGGCUGAGUUGGAAGCAGCAAGACACCUAACCUACGCCGCAGCGAGGAUGUAUGAUGAUAGAGCAAGUGAUUCGGGUGCACAGCCUAAUGCAGCGAAAUACAUUGCUGCAGAGGCUGGGUUCAGAGCUUGUGAGACGGCGGUUAUGACGCUGGGUGGAAUGGGGUAUGCGAAGGAUUAUCAUGUUGAGCGCUACUUCAGGGAAAUGUGA